UAACACGCGAGACAUCCGGGCAGCUUGCGCAAAUGAUUGCGCACACGAACAAUUUGUGUCUAGUAGUCAGAACCCGGUAGGAAUCGGAGAUAUUUUAGAGGCAUUUCAUACCAGUGCUGUCUACAAGCUGUGAUUUAUAACUGACAAUGGCAGGAGAAGAGCAAGUCGAGUGUCCUCUAUGCAUGGAGUUGUUGGAAAUAGAUGAUGUGAAUUUCUUUCCCUGCACUUGUGGAUACCAAAUAUGCAGAUUCUGUUGGCACAGAAUAAGGACAGAUGAGAAUGGGUUGUGUCCAGCUUGCAGAAAGCAAUACCCAGAAGACCCAGCAGAGUUCAAACCUCUAACAGAAGAUGAGUUAUCGAGAAUUAAGAAAGAGAGGCGCCAAAAGGACCUUCAGAGAAAACAGAAAGCAGCGGAGAAUAGAAAACACCUGGCAAAUGUCAGUGUCCUCUCUGUCUCCAGGGUGGUUCAGAAGAACUUGGUGUUCGUGGUGGGACUGUCCCAGCGACUUGCUGAGGCAGAUGUCCUCAAGAAGCAUGAGUAUUUUGGCAAGUUCGGGAAAAUCCACAAAGUUGUGAUCAACCAGAGCACUACAUAUGCAGGUGCUCAAGUCCAUGGUCCCAGUGCAAGUGCAUAUGUAACUUACACUCGGUCGGAUGAUGCUCUCAGAGCUAUCCUAGCUGUAAAUAAUGUCCACAUAGACGGGAGGACACUAAAAGCCUCCCUUGGUACUACUAAGUACUGCAGUCACUUUCUACGGGGCUCACAGUGUCAGAAAUCUGACUGUAUGUACUUACAUGAACUGGGAGAGGAAGCAGCCAGCUUCACCAAAGAAGAGAUGCAAAUGGGUAAGCAUCAAGAAUAUGAGCAAAAACUGUUAGAACAGUUCCUCAACAGUCAAAAUACAGCCAAUAAUCACACGACAAAUAACAAGAAAUCAAGAAAGAAAUCUAGUUCUCCUGUUGCUGAUCAGGUGAACAUCCCCCAACCAAAUCCCCCAGAGCCUGCAGUAGAGACUCCACCCAAGUCUCAGCCCAGCCCUUCCACAGUACAACCUCCCCCAACAAACACUAGCAAAGAGGCGUGGCCUUCGUUACAGGGGCAGGACAAAGGGGAGAGGAUUCCCAAUGGCAAUCGUCAGACUCACAGUACAGUCAAUCAUAGUAAUAGGUCAAACACACCUCCCAAUCACAGCAAGGCGGUUGGAAAUGGCCGCAAAAGGAAUACCAAUACAGACAAUGAAACACAGAUAAACUCUCAUUCGCCAGACAGGCCCCAGGAAUUGACAGACACUCCCAUUGACAGAGAAUUGGCUCCACCCACAAUAUCUCAGAACAAUGCAUCCACAGUGCCCCGGCCUCGCCAAACCCUUCCCUCACAAUCCCCCUCCUCUCAACCCUCAUUCCCCAUGCCCAACACCCAAUCUACACCUCCCCCUCAGUCUCAACCUGUGGCCCCUAUUGGCUCGAACAGGAAACCUAUUAUGUUUGAGAACAGUGCCAACAGUCUUUCAUACUACAGUGCAGGAGGUAGUGGCUCAGCUUAUCCAUGCAACAAGCUGGUCAAGCCAUCGCCUCAAGUUAUACCACAGAAUGCUACAGAUGUCCCAGCGUCCGUGACGCCACCAGCUCAGUCUGCUGACCCUCUGCCUGUGUCCAGCAGCUCGGAGUGGCAGUCAUCGUCCUCCAACUACACAUCCUACAGUAAUAGCAAAGACAUUCAAGAUGAUGAUUUAGGUUUUGAUCCCUGUGAUGAGUCUUUCAAAGGUCUGGCUGAUCUGAUAGAGAAGGAGAAUGGUCUCCACGGUACAACAGCCACAACAACACACCAUUACACAAAUAUGCAGCAGCACCACCACAGUGGAAGCAGUCGGUCAGUGGGGCUGCAGGGAGGGGUCAUGCCUCCUGUCCAUCCCCCUCAGCCACGGAGUCUACCCCCUGGCUUCUCUCUCAGUCACAUACAGCAGCAGCAACAGCAGCUGCAGCAACAACAACACUUUCAACACAGACAACAGAUGCCGUUCUUUAGACAAGGUGUAUUUUCAGAUAUGACAAAUCACAAAAUGAUGGACUUCUUACCGGGCUACUCUCAGCAAAGUUUCAGUCAUAUGCAGCAGCAGCAGCAACAACAUCAACAACAACAACAACAACAACAACAUCCACAACAACAACAACAGAACUCCCCGUUUCACAACUCCUUGCCAGAUCGACCUCUGCCUGGGCGUAGUGCGAUAUCUGCAGAACAUACUCACAUGCAACCUCAGCAACAACAUGCCGAUGUGUUCAAGAUGGAGGACAUGCAGAAUCAACUACGAUCGCUGUUGCCAAAUAUCAACAUCAGCUUUGGUGCUCUUCCACAGACAAGUAACACAACUCAGCAAAGAACACAGCCAACGCCCAAUUCUCACAAAAGUUGGCCAAAUUCCUGCACACCACCAGAGUCAGAUAGCCCUUGGCUGACUUAUGACCCUGCUAUAUUAUCUUCAGGGAAUAUUCAAGAUGGUAAUACAGAAAGUGCUCCCCACUGGCUAAAGUCAAUCCACCAGCUGACAGAAGUAGACACCCCCAGCCCUAAUCACAGACUUCCAUUUGUGCAACAGUUCCCGUCAUUCUCAGCUGCCAGCAUGUGGCCCCCUCAGACACACAACCCACCCCCUGGGUUCCAGGCUCCAAUCAGAAAUAAUACAGUUCAGCACCCAGAGCCACACAAGAUUUCUGAAGGUCUUUAGUGUGGUUAGGCAACCCAUGAUAUGUGCAUCAUCAGGCCAGCUCAACAAGCGACACCUUAAACAUCUGCAGCCAGCCGGACAGAUGGACAGACACAUGCCCGCUCCUUGCAUCCCUCAACAGAGGCUUCAACUCCGCUAGUUGCAUGGUGUAUUUAUAGGCUUAAACCUAAGAUAACAUGUAUACCAUACAACUUCAAAUAGUGCCCUAUAUUCUGCCCUUAGAGCCUGCAGGAACUUGACCUCUUGUGACUGGUUAACUGAAUAACUUUGUUUGACUGGUUAACUGAAAAACCUCCUUUGAGCAGUUAUCCUGAAGACCUUAUAUGUGACCAGUUGAAUAAAAUAUGACUGGUGAUCAGUUAAUUGAUAUAGCUUAUGUAAGUGUUGAUACUGUUUAACAUUUGAGAACCUAUAAAUGAUCCCUGAAUGAGUAUGUGUCAACAAGAGAAUACUUAUCUUGUUCCCCUUUUCUCGCCACCAGUUAAGAGAACAAUAGAAGAGGGUCCUGAUGGGGUAUACUGUUUAGCGCAACUGUUUUUUGUCUAAAAGAUAUGAUGAAUCUAAUCUUAUUGAUUCUAAUAAGCACUCUGUCUUGAAUGUUUUAUUGAGAGAGUGAUUUAAUGUUGAUUCAUUGAUUGUAUUAGAAACUUGGAAAUGUAAAGUUAUAUAUUUGGGAUGUAUGUCGAUUUGACAGUUUGCUAAAGACUGAAAUGCAUUGUAUAUUGUGUAUCGCCAUGAAAAUAAUUGUUUAGGCUGCUGUCUUUAUUGUGUGACAAUGCAUUGUUAGAUAUGGUUGAGUGUUGUGAAACCGACACAACAGAUUUACUGAAAAUGGACACAUGAGGUCUUGUUCAAACAGGUUUAUCCAUAAAGGCACGUUUGCUCACCUUCAAAAGCUGUAUCCACCUACAUUCAUAACCAGAGGUGAUGACACCCCUUUCUAAGGUUACAAAAACAACAGUACUAUGUACAUUAUGGGAAGAAGUUGGUAUGUACUAUUCAAGUAUUUUGUUAUGAAUGGUGAUGUUAAUAUUUUAUUCCAAAGUAUUUUGACUUUGUGUGGAUCGACACAUGCUCUGAGUAAAAGCAUAUGUUUGAAGUUAUAUGGUAUCUUCAGAUGAUAUUGUGACUGAAGAGGUAAGUACAGGUUUGAGUGAAUAAGGCAUCAAAGCAAGCUUUCCAAGUGGAAUGGCACAGGAUUUAUUACACUGUGAUCUUAAAUGUACACUGUUUCCUCAUACUGUUGGAAUUUAGAACUUUUUUCUGAUGAUAUGCCUUCAAGUUUUUGUUGCAGCUUUUUUGAAGUAUCUUUUUCAAAUUGAUUACUUACUGUGUGAAGUCUUAAUCUGAAGCUGAUUUACAAACAUAAAUGAAAUCUAAUAUACACUGUAUGACAUGUUAUGACCGAUUCCAAUAAUUCAAACUAUUGAAUGACAUUUUGCACAUUGUGACACUUGGAACAUGUAUGUUCCCUUGUAGUGUUAAUGACAGAACCACUCUGGUACCACCUAUAUACUUUCAUUUUCGGCCUCUGUUGUAAGAAUGCAUUUUUUCGCGAUAUUUUGGCAAUAAUAUGUUUUGUAUCAUUCGCCAAGAAAUGGACUAGCUGAUAUUUUUGCAACCCUUGAUGCUGAGCUGUUUUUACUUAUCUUGAGUAGAGUAAUGAUUCUGUUAAUGCAUAUAGCCUCAAGUUUACUCGAGUAGGAGAAUAGGAGAUAUAUCAGUGACGCAUCCUACAGGCUCCGUUCUGGACUUUGUUUUGAAACUUCAAAUGAUUGAUGGCUUUGGUAAGCAUGAAAGUUACUGGAGAAAGCUUUAUAGGUAUUGCUUCUGUAGCAGGGCAAAGAGGCGCCUCAAAGAUGACACAUAUAACCUCUUUGGUUAUGUGGACAAGGCGUCUGACCUUGGAUCAGAAGUUCCGUGGUUUGAAUCCCAUCAUGGAACUAGAAAGUUUUAUGGCUGAUGAAUUUCAGUUUUUUUUGUGACAAACAAACGAAGGAGUAGAAUGUCCAUCUUAGAUGACAGGUUAAGUUUCAAAAGUUUUUUAUGAAGUUGAAAGUUGAAUGAGUUGUUUAACAUGAAUACUACAAGCAACCUGCAAUUCUUGAACGGAGCCAUUUUACCCAUUGUGAUAUUCGCAUUUGUAAGCUGGCUUUGCAGCUGAAUUUUUUUUUGCAUGUUACCAUCUUUUCCCAUAUGGAUUCUACUGAUGCACUUAUAUGUAAGCCAACCAUUUGUAUGAUUCUUGGUCAAAAUAUGGCAUGUGGUAUAAAAUCUAUUGAUGUAUGCCAAGGAUGAAGUAUUUUUUCAAUACGAGUUGGCUGACUCCUGGAAUAUUUUGACUUGGUAUGGGAUGAAAUAUGGACAAUAUUGAUAUGUAUGAGGGCUGACUUGCUAAAUAUUAUGCUGUAUCUUAUGACAUUUCAUUGUAUAUGUGAUAUUAGUGGCAAAGCAUCAAGGGUUAGGGUUUCUGACUACUCCUAAUGAAACCAUCGUUGCCAUGGAAUGCAGGUUGGUUCGCACGCAUUUUACAUGAACUUGCGGGCUAUUGUCGGUUCUUGCUGGAGUUUUGGGUUAUUGCCUUAGCGCCUUCUACUUUCUGUGAUGAAUCUUAUGGUCGCUCCAAAUGCAGACAUGUUUAGUCCAAGUGUUGGAAGCAUACAUGCUCAUAACAGUUACUUGGUGAUAAUGGCGACGUUUUGUUAUUAUUGAGAGUGCUGCAAAAUUCUAUCUGAUGGCCUGUUACUGACUGAUACUGAUAGGCCCUGAUUGAAUCUAAUUUAUGUCUUCUGUUGGUGGUAAAACUGACUAAGUUGUGAAAAAACUAUUAAAAAUAUUGAAAUGACA